UCCCGACCAGCUAUGAAGUUGUCAACUAUCUUAAAAUGCUUCUCCCUCCCUCGUCUGUUUAAACUCUACAACUUCUGCCGUCUUUAGAUCACGCUGUUGGCCAUCUGCUCUUUCACGGAUCAUUACUCACGGAUGUCUGACACCGCUGUUGACGUAUUGUUAAGCUCAGGUUGCUAAGCUGUUACUGUACACGGCAGCAACGUUAGCUUGCACCGUUAGCCGGCUAAGCUAAGCGGCAGUACAAGGUUAUACAUCUUGAAGAUAACGGUAAUAACUGGUCUUAUUUCAGAUGUGUUUACGUGGAUGACACAUUUGUAGGUAGCUUGUCUUUUUGGCUAGAUCGGGGUGUAAUUAAUAUUAAUCGGAACUUAUGAAUGUCUCUGAAGUAGCGAGUUAGCAGAAGGUGCAGCAAAGUUCAUCAUGUCUAACCAGCUGACUGCAGAGCAGCAGCGAAAAAUUGAGGAAAACAGACGGAAGGCUUUAGAGAGAAGAGCCCAAAGACUCGGACAGACCAGCAGCAGCAAUAAGCAGAGCCCAGUGCUCUCCAGCAGUACUUCAGUGCAGCUACAGCGCUUUAAACAGAGCGUUUCCUCUGAUCCUGCUGCUCCGGCUCAUCACGCAGAGACACUCAGCUCAACAUCUGCGCCUCAGCGGUUUGUCCCACCCUUCAAAAAGGACUCACAGAGCUUCAAUAACUACAAUCAAAGUCCAAAGCACCAGCAGUCAUCUGGCACUAACAACCAAAUCAACCAGAGCACGCUGUGGACCUCUGCUCCCACAAGACAGAUACAAGUCAUUGAACCACUCCCUCAGACAAGAGCUCAACAUGCAAGCAGCCCUGUCUUGUCUUGCGGAGGAAAUGCUGGUUUGAAGCCAGCUCAUCCCAAACAUAACCCAACAUCCAACAGCUCUGCUGGUCCAGUUGGCUCAUUCUACAAACCAGCUAGUAAACUUGCCCCAAGUCCUGUGGCACAGCUUCCCUCCAGCUCAUCAACUUUGAAUGCUGUACCUGCGAAAAAGCCUGCCAUCUCUGUAAGAGGAAAAUGUGUAGCUCACACAGAGGGCCGCUUCAGAAUAGAAGUAGGCUACCACGCAGAGCUGAUUGCUGUUUUCAAAUCCAUCCCCUCGAAGAACUAUGACCCUGCCACAAAGAUGUGGAACUUCAGUCUGGAGGACUAUCGACAGCUAAUGGAGGAAGCAGCUGCUAUUCCCUCUGUGUCUUUGAGGCCUUUGGAUGGAAUGGAGGCGGUGGACGUCGCUGCAGCAACCAGCGGAGCUCGUGACGGUGCGGCGCUGGGGGCGCUGCUCAAGCUGUGUAACGGCUGGCAGAAACCUGGAGCCACUCUGCAGGGCCAGUGCAUCCUGGUGUCUCCGACAAAGUUUGAGAUUGACAUCGGUUACCAUGCCGAUGUCAUCGCAGCAUUCAAGCAAAUGCCGACAAAGAACUAUGACAUGAAAACAAGAAAGUGGAGCUUUUCACUUGAGGAUUAUAAGAGACUCAUGGAUGUCCUCAGUGGGAUAGCAGCAGUGGAGGUGGAGCCUCUGCCCAGGGCAAUAGUCCAGGCGUUCUCUGCCAGGUUUGACGGGACUGAAGCCAGGUCUUUAGACGUCCCUGAGGCAGACCUCUCCAGCAUCGACCCCUCGCUCACCUGCAGCCUUAUGCCCUUCCAGAGGGAGGGAGUCAAUUUUGCUGUGUCCAAACAAGGCCGCCUCCUUCUGGCUGAUGACAUGGGUCUGGGAAAAACGGUGCAGGCCAUCUGUAUAGCAGCCUACUACAGGAAUGAGUGGCCCUUGCUGGUCGUUGCUCCCUCGUCUGUGCGAUUCACCUGGGCCGAGGCUUUCAGACGCUGGCUCCCCUCCCUGAGUCCUGACAGCAUCAAUGUGGUGGUGAAGGCCAAAGACAAUCUGCGGUCUUCUUUGGUCAACAUCAUCAGCUACGACCUGCUGAGCAGGAUGGACAAGCAGCAGCCUGGUAACCCCUUCAAUGUUCUCAUCAUGGAUGAGUCUCACUUCCUGAAGAACAUAAAGACGGCUCGUUGUAAAGCAGCCCUGCCUCUGCUGAAGGCAGCAAAGAGAGUGAUUCUUCUGUCUGGGACCCCUGCCAUGUCCAGACCCGCGGAGCUCUACACCCAGAUUCUGGCUGUCAGACCAACACUCUUCCCUCGCUUCCAUGAUUUUGGGAUGCGCUACUGCAAUGCCAGACAGUUAACUUGGGGGUGGGACUACUCGGGCUCAUCUAACCUCGGGGAGUUGAAGCUGUUACUGGAGGAGAGUCUGAUGUUGCGCCGCCUCAAGUGCAACGUCCUCUCCCAGCUUCCUGCCAAACAACGCAAGGUCGUCACAGUAACCAUAGAUGGGGUCAACACCCGCAUUAAAGCUGCUCUGUCAGCUGCCGCCAGAGAUUUGGCCAACAAACACCGCAAUAAAAUAGAAGAGAAGGAGGCCCUCCUCAUCUUUUAUAACCACACAUCCGAAUCCAAGCUGCAAGCCAUUAUGGAGUACAUCACCGACAUGCUGGAGUGUGGGAGGGAGAAGUUUCUAGUGUUUGCCCAUCAUAAGUUAGUCCUGGAUCACAUCACCACCGAACUGGGAAAAAAGAACGUCAGUCACAUCCGUAUUGACGGGUCUACUCCUUCAGCCGAACGCCAGCAGCUGUGCGACAAGUUCCAGUUCUCGACCAAGACCUGUGUGGCGGUACUGUCCAUCACUGCAGCUAACAUGGGCCUCACGCUGCACAGUGCUGACCUGGUCAUCUUCGCUGAGCUUUUCUGGAACCCCGGGAUUCUCAUUCAGGCGGAGGAUAGGGUGCACCGCAUUGGACAGACGAACAAUGUGAACAUUCACUACCUGGUUGCCAAGGGAACUGCUGAUGAUCACCUGUGGCCAAUGAUCCAGGAAAAAAUGAAUGUCUUGGAGCAAGUGGGUUUGUCUGAAUCAAACCUCUCAGACAAAGCAGUGAACGCCAGCUUCCACGCUAAGGACCCUAACCAGAGGAGCAUCAUGGAGAUGUUCCAGAGGUCGUUCACUGCGGACGACAGCAUGGACGAGGCCAUCUUACUAGAGGCUGCAGAAGACUGGGAGGACACCCCGCCUGAAAAUAGUACAGGUCAACACCACGGCAUGGCUGCAUAAAGACCCCGCAAAACGGGAAUCAAAGACUAUUUCAGCUCAGAAGCUUGCUGACAUUAUAACAAGUCCCAGUUUCUAACCUAUCAUGACUGCUGUGGAAAGUUUUUGUUUUGUAAAAGUGAAACGAGCAGUGAGUAGGAUGUAGGAGGCAGGAAUGGUGUAUAAUAUCUGUUCGCAAUACUUGUUGCCUUAGCUGCUUAUAUCUACAUAGGGAGCGGGUCCUCGUCUACGGAGCCCAUCAUGUUUCUACAGUAGCCCUGAACGAACAAACUAGACCCUGGGUCAAGAGCGGUCCUUCUCCGUUUUUAUGUUACAGUAAGCUAGGGGUGAGAAGAGGGAUGUUCCGUUUGUUGCAGUCUGCAACCUCAAUACCAGAUGCUGCUAAAUCCUAUACACUUUUAACAAACGCUUCAGUGAUAUCAAUAGAUGUAAGCUACAAGAAGAAUGUUUUUUUUUUUUGCUACUAAGAUAAAAUAAAUAAA